AUGGCCGCCGCAGCAGCACCAACGCACCCCGCUAUUUUUGCCAGACCGGCAUCCAACCCCAAGCCAACGUCGAGCGCAAGGGAACGAUGGAGAAGGCGUCGGUCUCAGGCGCGGUGUCGAAGCAUGAUCCCGUGUCAAUUUUUUGGUGGCCUCCCCUGCAACCUCUUCUUUGCCCUUGUUGUGCUCGCGUUCUCUCUUCAAUACCAUGCUGUCCGUGCUGAGUCGUGCGCCAAUUUCCAAGACUGCUUUACUUGCAGCAACAGCAGCAUUUCUUGUCACUGGUGCGGAAAAGACAACAAAUGCCACGCCAUUGGCUCUCCUUACGGGUGCCUGACGGGCGUGAACUGCUACGGAAGCGAGGCCUGCGUGCGUUCGGAACCGGAGGCGAAGCCGCACCCUGCCCCAUCAGGCUCUGUCCUAGUGGGUUUGGGCAUCUUCCUUCUUACCUCCCUGUUUUGCACGAGCGCCUGCUUCUUCGUGGCGAACGAGUACGUGAAGCAUGCGACGGUGGUGCGAAUGGAAAAAGAUCCGAACUACCAAGAACUCCUGGCUUUCGACGAGGAAGAGGAGGGACUGGCGGGGCGCAGUCGAUCGGGUCCGAGCAAGGGAGGAGGAGAAGGGGUGUUGGGUGAAAGGCGACCCCAAGGCAGCGGAGGGGAGGAUGUCUGGGACCCGGUGCCCCGGAUCCGCGUGGAGGAACGGUCUCGCUUCCUGGUCGUGUGCUCGCAAGUCAUCCGUGCCGCGCUCAUCCUCACCCUCGCCUGGCUGGUCAUGGUGGCUGUGGCGGUCUUCUUGUACACCCCGCAGGUCCCGGACGUGAACGUGUGCAACACGGCCUUGGACUGGGGCUCCCUCUUCACGGGCUUGGAGCGCCUGAAGCUCGAAGCAGACUACCAGCUGCUCUUGAGCGUGUACAACCCCAACAGGCUGGACGUGGCCAUCAGCAGCGGGCAAGGCGUCUUCAAGCACGACCACGAGGCGAUCGGACAGGUGGAGGUGGCGCCUUUUCUGAUCAAGGGGGGCGCCAUCACGGACGUGCUGGUGACCCUGGUCUUUACGCCCUCCGUAUGGAAAAGCCUCCAGCUCGACCUGGCCUUCCAAACCGGCUCCCUCAUGCUCAUGGUGGACAUGAACGUGGCGGGACGGGUGAUUUGGAACGGGCGGAGGCUCUUUCCCUUCACGUAUGGGCUUCAGAACUACUUCAUUCACGUGGGCAAGGAGACGACGGGGGGCCCGCGCCAUUGUGAAGGGCAGCUCAGGGAGGAGAGGGUCUGGGGUGCCGGAUAA